GGACCUCACCUUGGCCUAAGUGUGGACCUCACCUUGGCCUAAGUGUGGACCUCGCCUAAGCCGGCUUUCGAACCUUGCCUUGGCCUGCGUGUGGACCUCACCUUGGCCUAAGUGUGGACCUCACCUUGGCCUAAGUGUGGACCUCGCCUUAACCGGCUUUCAGACGUCGCCUUGGCCGGCUUUCGGACCUUGCCUUGGCCUGCGUGCGGACCUCACCUUGGCCUAAGUGUGGACCUCGCCUUGGCCUGAGUGCGGACCUCGCCUUGACCUGAGUGCGGACCUCGCCUUGGCCUGAGUGCGGACCUUGUCUUGGCCUGAGUGCGGACCUAGCCUUGGCCGGCCUUCGGACUUCGCCUUGGCCUGAGUGUGGACCUUGCCUUGGCCUGCGUGCGGACCUUGCCUUGGCCUGAGUGCGGACCUCGCCUUGGCCUGAGUGCGGACCUUGCCUUGGUCUGAGUGCGGACCUUGCAUUGGCCUGAGUGCGGACCUCGCCUUGGCCGGCUUUCGGACCUCGCCUUGGNGAUGUAUACCGUUUAUAUCUCGUAAAGUUUCACCGUUUAUAUCUCGCGAUGUAUACCGUUUAUAUCUCGUAAAGUUUCACCGUUUAUAUCUCGCGAUGUAUACCGUUUAUAUCUCGUAAUUGGCCUGAGUGUGGACCUUGCCUUGGCUGGCUUUCGGACCUCGCCUUGGCCUGCGUGCGGACCUUGCCUUGGCCGGCGUGCGGACCUUGCCUUGGCCGGCUUUCGGACUUCGCCUUGGCCGGCUUUCGGACUUCGCCUUGGCCGGCUUUCGGACCUUGCCUUGGUCGGCGUGGGGACCUUGCCUUGGCCGCAGCCAGAACACUGUCAUUGUAAUUUUGACUCGCUGCUUCAUAAACCGCUGACGCAAUUCACCGGAAAUGUUAAAAUAUCAUUCCAGUGACGUAAUAGCACGUGCUUUGACGCUAUACCUUUUCCAAGAAUUGACUGGGUGUUACAUUACUUUUUGGCACGUUUGACAUUUACAAUGACUUGACGUGUCGGUACACGAUAAUGUACUGAAACGCCUAGUCAAAAUCCUGUCAGCGACUGCAGACUUAAACCUAAGUUGACCUCUGAACAUUUUUUAUUUUGGGUGUGUGAAUGUAGCAAUGUAUUUUUUAAUGAGAUUUUUUUCUACAUGGACAAUUUCAAGUUUCCAUUUGGCUGAGUGGAAGGAAUGAUGGAUGGAUGAUUUGUCUAUUUCUACACCUGAUGUUUACCAAUGGAGGUUUUGCAUGAGGGGGGUCUCAAACACCCCAAACGGCCCCAUGUGGGGGUUGGGGGAUAUUUGUUGGCCAAAUAGUUACAGCACAGCUGGCAAAUUUCAUUAUUCGGAACAGGUUGCUGACCUCAAUGAAAAUCAGGGUCGGCUCAAGGUAUCGGGAAUUUGGGGAGUUGCCCGGGGCGCCCUGUGCAUAGGACACCAUCAACGAUUUACCAAAAUAGGAAAAAAGCAUUGGAUGUGGGCGCAAUGGAAGAACAAUAGAAAGUGCAAUGAAAAGAUUCGCUGAUCUAAAGGCUAGGAAACAAAAUGGCAUCGGUAGGCUUAUUGUUCAACCUGGCCAAAUACAAGUUAGGAAAAACAAUUUUACUGUUCAUUGUUUUUUGUGGUGUUUUUUUCAACUAUUUAAUAAACUCAUUACCUAAUCCCUAGGUUUUUUUCCUUGCAAACAUUUUUAUGAUUAUACUUAAAAUGGGCGCAAAGGUUAAGCUUGCCCGGGGUGCACACAGCCGUAUUUUAUAAAAUACUUGAUAAAUUAUGACUUUUGCAUGUCUUUAUUAUUGAUACACAUAAAACUGAUACAUUUUUUUUUAAAUCAAAAGGCUAAAAUUUGUUAUCAAAUGACGUCAUACUGAAAGGCUUUAGGUGCCUGCACACGCCGCUCGCACAAGAUGUGCUCACUGUCCUCGUCAGCCAUUGGCUCACGUGGUGCGAAAGUGUGUCCUUGAAGCUCAUUGGUUGGUUCAAGUAGUAGAAGGGGCAGACAAAAGCGGUACAUUUAUUUUACUGCAGACGACCUAGUUUAAAACAUACGCUAUUGUCUCCCUGUACUGUAAAAACAUAAUUUAAAAAUUUGAAUAAUGAUGGUAUGCACUCAUAGUCUACCGACCAAGAGAAACCUCGUGGACAACCCCACAUCCCACUCGGGGCACCCCCCCCUACGGCCCACUUCUGAGGAAGGACCCAACCAUGGCCCAUUCCUCAAGGAAGGACACAACCAUGGCCCACUCCUCAAGAAGGACACAACCAUGGCCCACUCCUCGAGGAAGGACACAACCAUGGCCGACUCCUCUAGGAAGGACACAACCAUUGCCCACUCCUCGAGGAAGGACACAACCAUGGCCCACUCCUCGAGGAAGGACACAACCAUGGCCCACUCCUCGAGGAAGGACACAACCAUGGCCCACUCCUCGAGGAAGGACAUAACCAUGGCACACUCCUCGAGGAAGGACACAACCAUGACCCACUCCUCGAGGAAGGACACAACCAUGGCCCACUCCUUGAGGAAGGACACAAUCAUGGCCCACUGCUCGAGGAAGGACACAACCAUCGCCCACUCCUUGAGGAAGGACACAACCAUGGCCCACUUCUAGAGGAAGGACACAAUCAUGGCCCACUCCUCGAGGAAGGACACAACCAUGGCCCACUCCUUGAGGAAGGACACAAUCAUGGCCCACUGCUCGAGGAAGGACACAACCAUGGCCCACUCCUCGAGGAAGGACACAACCAUGGCCCACUUCUCGAGGAAGGACACAAUCAUGGCCCACUCCUCGAGGAAGGACACAACCAUGGCCCACUCCUCGAGGAAGGACACAACCAUGGCCCACUCCUUGAGGAAGGACACAAUCAUGGCCCACUGCUCGAGGAAGGACACAACCAUGGCCCACUCCUUGAGGAAGGACACAACCAUGGCCCACUUCUAGAGGAAGGACACAAUCAUGGCCCACUCCUCGAGGAAGGACACAACCAUGGCCCACUCCUUGAGGAAGGACACAGCCAUGGCCCACUCCUCUGGGAAAGACACAACCAUGGCCCACUCCUCUGGGAAAGACACAACCAUGGCCCACUCCUCGAUGGACACUCAGGAGCCUAACUAACUCCCUGGAACCACUUCAUGCAACCAUUUUUUUUCCAUUAUCCCAAGUCUUAACAAAAGUCUGCCCUGUAAACGUCGGUUUUUAAUUUCAAUGUUAUAUUUUUAAAAUCUUUGAAUAAAUUAAUUUUUUUUAAUUUAAAUUAUUAAAUGUCAGCUAUUUCAAUGAUUUGUUACGCAGCUCUUUGGUGAGUGUCUGUACAUAUUCCAUCUUUGAAUAAUUUCAUUUAGAUCUUUUUUAAAAAAAAUAUCUGCCUGGAAAUAAAAUCAUGAUAACAGUAACAAGCGGGGUGUCUGUUCAAGGAUCCGUUUGGUGGGAUUGACUGUCAGAACUGUGGCCAAUUGAAAUUCGUUUUUUGUUUUCAGUCCACACGAUCAAAUUUUGAGUCAAACUUCUUUCUGAACGCACUACAUUACAAAAAAACAAAAUAAAGCGUUCAAAGAAGAAAUUUGACGCCAAAUUUGAUCGUGUGAACUGAAAAUAGAAUUCGAUCAAAUUUCCGUUCGAUCAAACUUCCGUCAAUCAGUUGACGAAAUUUCUUUCAAACCUAUACGAUUGAAAUGUUUCGGUUCCUAAAGCCUGGGUAUACAUUUUUAAUUAUUUUUUUCUUAAACUGUUUAUUCUGGUUACCGUUAUAAUUUUAAAAGUUUCUAAAUAAAUUCAGAUAGAAGUGUUUGCUCAUAAAUAAAGUUAGGAGGAUUACAUAUUUUGG